AUGGUUUCUGUCAAACUCGCCCAACUUAUCUCGAUUGCCGUAUUUGCAUCCACCUGCAUGAACAUCCAAGCUGGCACCCUCACAACUAGAACAGUCGGAUCAAUGCCCAAACCCAACGAUGUGCCAACAGUUCCUUUGGAUAUUUCUUCCGGCAAGGCCGGUGAUUUGGGGGUAAAGAUGAUUGCCGGAGAACUCAAAGCUCUUGAAGGAUCGCCUGGUUCUUCCAACGGGUCAAAAGUCAAGAGCAACAGCGGUAACCAGAAGAAACCCAAGCCACCUGUUACCCGGAGUCGGAGAAGUCCCACAAGUUCAUUAUCACGAAGGAAUCGGCAAUCAAAAGAUUCCCCGCCAAGAGUGAAGGCGAUUGACAGCGGUGGUGAUGGAUUCAAGCAGCCGCUACACAAACGAUCAGGAUCUUCAAGUGAAACCGAAAAUGAGGCGAUACCCAAGGAGAUCACAGGCAAGCCCACCACUGGUGUUAUGGCCAAAACCGGAGACAUAGCCGCUUCAAACGGCGCAGCUACUGGAAAUUCCAAGCCGCCAACAAUCCGCAGGCGAAGAGAAAGCUCGAUCGGCAAUGUCGUUUGGAAACGACAACAUCCGGCUGGCGGUCCUCACCUCAACGAAGUUGAGAAGAAGCUACCCACAGAGCACAAGCCGAAUAAGCGCAACACCGAACCCACUCCUGGACCACCAAAAAGGGAGGAUGGAAAGAAGGGAGGCGUGAGGUCACUCCUGAAGACCAUGGCCAACGGUGGGGAUGGUGGUACCAGCGGAGGAAACGACAAGGCGCUGAAACCCUCAACCUCCAUGAAAGGUCAACCCGCCGGCGAGCCCGGCCAUAAAGAAACUGUAACUCCUCCAAAGGGAGAUGCUGGAAAAUGA